AUGGACAUUGACUUGCGCGACCGUGGCAUCGCUCGUCUCUGCUUCGAUGCCCAGGGGGCGAACAAGGAGGAGGCAACAGUCGCCAGCGCCGUCGCUGUUUUGCUGGCUGACCGUAACCGCAUCGACUGUAUCAGCGGCCUCAAUGCCGUCUUCGUGAACCUCGUCGAACUGCGGCUCUCCCACAAUCAACUGGGCCGACUCAGUACCCCGUACCACCGUCUUCGGCAGACCUGUCUGCGCGAUCAUGCUGUCGCGUCACGCUGCUGCGACGGCGUGGCAUCGUGGAUUCGCUGCCUUCCCACCACGCUGCAGGUGAUUGAUGUUGCCUUUAACAACCUGCACAGUUUUCUCGAGUGCAGCUGCGAGUGUGCAGCCGCUCCGGAGCGGCACGUUGCUGCGGGUGGGGUGGAGGUGAAGCCCUCAGCCUCCGAUGCGACUGUGUCUCUCGCUCGGCUGCUGCGCCACCGCGUGCCCUUCGCACUGCCUUUCUUCUUUUCUGCUCAGCGGUUUCCGCAGUUGCGGGAGCUCAACCUCUCGCACAACGCCUUUGAUGUAAGCCUCCGCGAGAGCGACGAGAUGCAGGAGGGGCACAGUGCUCUUCAGGCGGCAUUGGUCGAGCACUCCACCGCAACAACCCCGGCGACACUCUCCUCCGUCGAUCUCUCCUACAACAAAGGUCUGGCUUCCCUGAACUGCUUCUUUCUCUCGAUCCCACCGUGCGCCGGGGCGAGUGCGAAGGCGGCGGCAGCGGCAGUGGCAGCAUCGCAGUCGACUGUUACGCCGUCGUGCUCCGUGAACUUGGCUGGCACUGGGAUCGAGGAUCUUCAGGGCAUUUCAUCCGUAAACGGGCACGACGCUACUGUGCAGUGGGACCUGCAGCUCUACCCGUCGCCGGUUUCUCUCAUCAUCCUUCGCGCGGCACCGUCUGCGUUGCUACAGCUCACCCACGCCAUCGUGAACAUGCGCGUUGAUGGCGAGCAAAACGCACUGGUCGCUGCACUGACCGAGGUGACGCAUGAGGGCGGAACUGCGACGUCUGCCAUUGCGCGCUUGCAGUCGGUGGCCCAACUCGACGACCUGGAGCAGAUCGCUGCCGCCGCCAUCUCGAGAGAGGAGCCAGACAUGAGCAACGCCCUACCCGACGGCGCGACGUGGAUCUCGACCCUGGCAUACGCAUGCCUUCUGCGCCAAGUCGUUCCCUCCCUUCGCACCUUGGACCGGGUUUUCCGCGUGGGGCGAUGCGAGCAACUCCUGCUAUCGUCUUUGUGCCGCCUGCUGCUGGGAGACUCGCGACCACAGCGAGCCUCCUCCUCUUGCCUGUUGCCAAUGAAAGCGCCCCCGCCGCUCCACCCAAGCGCGCCGGCGGCGUUGGCGGUGCCGGUUCAGCGUGGGCUAGGCGGCGCCGCACACUGUGUCGCACCGGAGCUGCAAUCGCGUAUCGUGGUUGGCACGGAGGCGUCGGAAGCGGCCGAACCCUCGGUAGGUGUCGGUGUCGCUGAUGCCUCUGCUGCUGCUGCUGCCGCGGUGCGACCAGGCCAAUUCCAAGCGGCACUGGCCGCCCUCCGUCCGAGUUGCUCUAGCUCGGUAGCAGCGCCGGCGGCCACCACACACACCUCGUCUUGUCAUUCGAUGAUGAGCGCCUCUUCUGUAUCUGCAGAAGGGGACGCGGCCGUUUCUGGCAGCAGCGACGUUCUCCUGUUCAUGUCAGGAGAGGAUUGGUAUACGCCCUCUGGCCUGACGCCGGGGGAGGGGGCACUGUACGAGUCUCUAUGCCAGGAAGCCAAAGAGCUGCAGGAGGCGGUGCUGGCAAGCAACGAGCGAUGCCGCGACAUCCAGGCGCACACUGAAGCACUGCAACAGCAGCUCAGGCAAGACCGCACGCUUGUGGCAGACCAGUGGAAGGAGAUCAGCCGGUUGCGGCAGGAAAAGGAAGCCCUCGAGGCGAGUGUGGGGCGGGCAAAGCAUCGGCUGGAUAAGCGGCAGAAGGAGGUGACCUACGGCGUCACGGCUAUGCAGUCUCGCGAGGUGGCGGCGCGCGAAAAGGCGGCCAUGGAGCGGCUCGCGGCUCGGGAGAAGGAGCUGGCGCGCCGUGAGCGUCAGCUGCGUCGGCGUGCAGCUCAGUCUGGUGCCCUGGCUGUCGAGUACCAGAGCAGCGGCCCGUCUGGGCAGCGGAAGAAGCUACGCAGCGAGGUGCUGCGUGAGGCUGCAGUUCGCAAGCGACUGGCGGAGCAGGAGAACAAGGACCCGCUCGCCUACUCACCGGCGCCCUUCAAGGCAGAGAUACGUCGCUGCAGCGCUCGCCGCUCGCUCGAUCAGCGUCCGUCAAUGCACACUGCUGCCGAGGAGGAGCACGGUUACUUUGAACUGAAUGGGGACGUGAGCACCCCUGAGCUUCGCGAGGUGGCAGGCCAGUAUUUGGCACACCUCCCCCUUUCGCAGCAGCAGCAGCUUCGCGACGCGUCCUUGCGGCUGCCUUCCAGCGGCAGCUUUGACGAAUCGCGUGGCCGCCGCCGCAAGGCAUCGCCAUCGCAGCGGCAUGGCUCCCCGACAAGCGGCGACGGUGGCGACCCCGUCAUGGACUACGCUGCGGAGACAGGCGCGAAGAACCGCACGCCGUCUCCGGAGGUAGCUCGGGAUUUGAGCUCUGUUUCACUGUCGGAGCUGCUGGAUGCCGCGGCCGCAAUUCGGCAAAAGCAGGUGGCGCUUCAGCGGCUGCAGCAGCAGUGGCGGGGGCCGCUACCGCCUCCUAUGGUGCCUCCUGGUGGGGAGGAGGCGACGCGCGCUGUGGACACUGUGGUGCAGACGGCUUUCGAGAAGGCUUCUUGCCUGCACGGUGGCGCCAGUCGCGGCGGCGCCGAUGACGGCGAUGCGAGCGCAGCGCAGACACCUUUGCCAGCUGCACGCCUGGAUAUGCGUGCGAGCGGUAGGCGCUCACCAUUUUCAUCGCCCGCGUAUGAACCGGAGGGGUCUGCGCCGAGCAGCGCGCAGCAGCUCUUUGAUCGCAUGCUGGAGCAGAGAGCUUCUGCAGCGGCCCACCUUAUGGCGAGAACCACAAGUGCAAAGGCCGUUGCUGGCGACCACACGACUCACGUGGUGGAUUGUCUCUCCACCAAACAAGGGGACCGGCGCUCUCCGACCGAUGCGUGCGGAGAGGAGCACGAUGACACCACUGGUGAGCUGACCAGUGACACUUUCACAGACAAGGCAGAGGACGCCGCUGGACAGCGACUACAGACUAAUCGCGCGCUGUUUCGGUAA